AUGGACAACAAGUUUCAGACUAAAGUGCACCCCCCCAUCAUAUACCCGAAAGUUUCUACUCAUCCUCCCAAGGGCCGCAGCGUCUGCAACUUCCCACCACUGUCCCCUAAGGAUGCUCUGGAGGAACGCCUGCUACUACAAUCUGUUUCUUGGCCUGAAACUCCUAAAUUGCCAUCUCCUUUUACCCUGGAGCAGACCAGUGACCCGGCUCACAGCACUUUCACCAUUCACCCAGCGAGGGGACGAGGAGAGUGGCAUGUAGGGGAUCAGCUGGAAGUUAAGAUCGUCAUUUCUGACUUCAAGGGACACCCCAAGAAGUCUGGGGGGGACCUUUUAUUUGCCCGGCUGCACAACCUAAAGCUUGGUGCAGGUGUAGCUGGGAAAGUGGAGGACCAUCUCAAUGGGAGCUACUCUGCUGUCUUUCCUUUACUCUGGGAAGGAGACGCGCAGGUUGAGGUGACGCUAGUUCAUUCCAGUGAAGCUAUCACAGUGCUAAACAGGAUUGACAGUGAAGAACCUGACAGGGUAUUCUUCAAGAGCAUGUUUCGCUCAGGCUCACGCUCUCAAACCACCAUCUGUAAUGUCUGCCUGCUACCAACCCAGCAGCCCCUCUGUAACUUCACUGACCAUCGAACCGGCGAUCCUUGGUUCUGCUAUAAGCCAAACAACAUGAGCUGUGAUGCAAGGAUCACCCACACAAUGGGAGGAUACAAAAAAGUCCUCAAGGCCAAGGAGGGUAAGCUCCUUCAAGGUCGCGUCAAUUUCAAGGUCCCCAUUCGGGCUAUGGGACUUGCCAAAGUCACUGUUUCACCAAAAAAUGAAGGUCUACAAGAGGUGAAGAGCAGCAUUGUGAACUAUACAGCCUCUGGCUAUUACUACCAGGGUUUGUGGCGACCGCUAGAUGGCACCAAAGUUCGCCAAUUCAACAAUGCAUCUGCCAUCACUCAGUGUCUAAAAGGCAAAAUGGUCCACCUGUAUGGAGACUCUACCAUCAGGCAGUUUUUUGAGUUCCUCAACGCAGCACUACCAGGUCUUAAGGAGUUUAACAUGCACAGUCCGAGCAAAGUUGGACCUUUCAUGGCCUUAGACUAUGCAAACAACAUCCUGAUGAUGUACCGCUGCCACGGUACUCCUAUUCGUAUUAGACCCAUCUCAGCUAGCCAAGUUCAUUACAUUGCCAAUGAACUAGAUGACUUAAGCGGGGGCCCCGACACUGUCGUAGUUUUUUGCAUCUGGGCUCACUUCGGGUCUUUCCCCAUCGACGUCUACAUCCGUCGGGUACAGAGGCUCCGCAGUGCUGUAGUGAGGCUGUUGGACAGGGCUCCAGAAACGCUGAUCAUCAUCAGGACUGCAAACCCCAAAGAAGUGAAUAUUUCAUCCGCUCUAUACAACAGCGACUGGUACACGCUGCAGCGUGAUCAGGUGCUCAGAGCCAUGUUCAAAGGACUGAAUGUUCGUUUGAUCGAUGUCUGGGAGAUGGUCAUUGCCCACCACCUGCCACACAAGGUCCACCCAGAUCCUCCUAUCAUUAAGAAUAUUAUUGACGUUAUCUUGUCCUACACAUGUCCUCAAAAGGGCGUCUAGAUGUGUGUUUGUUGGAGUUUUACUUGUUGUUCUGUGAUUCC